CAAUUUCGAUGACCAUAAUAGUCACUUGCCACUCACGCCCAGCUCUCGCCUCUCAAAUCUGACAAAGAAAGAAAAUAUUGAGUUGAUAUUGCGCUUUCGAAUAAAUCUCUCUUUCGAGAAUUUCACUCUCCGAUUUGAUGCAUCAACUGCAAUGAGAUGAAUGUCUACAGAUGAUUCAGCAGCGUUUAAGCUUCUCUUCGAUUCUUCUCACUUUCUCUAUUGCUUUUUUAUGAAGCCUCCUUGGUCGAUUCCUCCUGCCCUUCUUCUCUUCUGAGUCUUAUCUUUUUGGCAACUCGGAUGACAUAGAUUUUCGUUGAUGAACAUAAAAUUAUGGAUGUUCCCGAGGUUGAAGAAAUAUUUUUUGCUGCCGGUGAUGCCAAGUUGCACGGAGAAAUGUACAAGAAACUCGCUGCAAUUUAUGGCCAAGUUAUGUCAAUUUUCCCUUCCUUGGAAGCAGCACGACCUAGAAGCAAAACUGGUAUCCAGGCUUUAUGUUCAUUACAUGUAGCUCUUGAGAAGGCUAAGAAUACUCUUCGGCAUUGCUCAGAAUCCAGUAAACUUUACUUGGCUAUAACUGGAGAUGCUGUUCUAGCCAAAUUUGAAAAGGCAAGAUGUUCUCUUGAAGUUAGUCUUAUAUGCGUUGAAGAUAUUGUCUCACAAUCAAUUGGAUUUCAGAUUCAGCAGAUAGUGAACGAACUCAAGGACACUGUUUUCUUACUUGAUCCGCUCGAGAAACAAGUUGGUGAUGAUAUCAUUGCAUUACUCCUGCAAGAAAGAAAAUUUGAUGAUUCCAAUGGCCACAAUGAGCUGGAGCAUUUUCACCAGGCUGCCACAAAACUUGGAAUUACCUCCUCCAAAGCAGCCCUGACAGAGAGGAGAGCUCUUAAGAGAAUUGUAGAACGAGCACGCUUAGAAGAAGACAAGCGAAAGGAAUCAAUUGUAGCUUACCUUUUGCAUCUGAUGAGGAAGUAUUCUAAGUUAUUUAGAAGUGAGUUGGCAGAUGACACCGACUCACAGAGUGGGUCAACUCCUUGUUCUCCUACUGUUCGAUGUUCUCUUGAGGACAAUGGACUUGCAGCAAAUGGUCAAGUCUUUGAACACCAGCUUUCGAAGCUUAGUUCUUUUAAUUUCAAGCCAAACUACAGGAUAUCAGGGCAGAUGCCUCUUCCACCUGAGGAAUUAAGGUGUCCAAUAUCAUUGCAGCUUAUGUAUGACCCUGUCAUAAUUGAUUCUGGGCAAACAUAUGAAAGGAUCUGUAUAGAGAAGUGGUUCAGUGAUGGUCAUAAAACCUGCCCGAAGACUCAACAGAGGCUUUCCCACCUGUCUCUGACACCUAAUUACUCUGUCAAGGGUCUCAUUGCUAAUUGGUGUGAACAUAACGGAGUUCCUAUCCUGGAUGGUCCACCAAAGUCACUUGAUCUGAAUUAUUGGAGGCUUGCAUUGUCUGAUUCUGAGUCUGGUAAAUCAAGAUCUGUGGACAAUGUUGGCUCUCACACGUUGAAGGAAGUUAAGGUAGUUCCUUUGGAGGAAAGUGGAACAAUUAAGGUUGCUGAAGAAAAUGACGCAGAUGAUAAUACAUACAUGGAGGAGUCAUCUGAUUUUAUUACGCUGGAGAGUUGUGUAAAUUUUAUGGCAGUAUUGACUGAAGAGGGAGACUUGAGAAAAAAAUGUAAGGUUGUGGAGCAGAUAAGACUUUCAUUGAAGGAUGAUGAUGAAGCUCGAAUUUUGAUGGGAGCCAAUGGCUUUGCUGAAGCACUUAUGGACUUCCUAACUUUAGCUCUUAUUGAAGAAAAUGCUGAUGCUCAGGAAACUGGAGCCAUGGCUCUCUUCAAUCUUUCUGUCAACAACAACAGAAACAGGGAAAUGAUGAUAGCGGCAGGUGUAAUCUCGUUGUUGGAGAACAUGAUUUUGAAAUCCAAUUUACAUGGACCUGCAACAGCCCUUUAUUUGAAUCUUUCCUGCCUCGAAGAUGCCAAACCUAUCAUUAGUUCGAGUACAGCCGUUCCUUUCCUGAUCCAGCUGCUUACUUGUAAUGGUGAAUCCCAAACCAAGCUCGAUGCACUUCAUACCCUUUAUAACCUUUCAACCACGCCCUCCAUCAUUCCCGUUCUUCUUUCCGCUGGUAUUGUCAAUGGACUCCAAUCCUUUCUCGCAGCUCCUAGCGACAGCAUGUGGACAGAGACUUCCUUAGCUAUCUUAAUGAACAUAGCUUCAAGCCAGUUGGGAAUAGAAGAAAUAACUUCAGCCCCAGAGCUCAUCAGUGGGUUGGCAGCAAUCGUGGAUGCUGGCGAACGUGCCGAGCAGGAGCAAGCUGUAUCAUGUUUGUUGAUUUUGUGUAGAGGGAGUGAAAAAUGCAGUCAAAUGGUCUUACAGGAAGGAGUGAUUCCAGGAUUGGUUGCGAUUACGGUAAAUGGAACUUCAAGAGGGAAAGUAAAAGCUCAAAAACUUCUGAUGUUGUUUAGGGAGCAGAGGCAAAAAGAUACUGAUAUCAUUCAACAACGAGAUGGAGACAGCGACAAAGCCAUGGCUGCUCCAGAUUCGAAGCCAUUAUGCAAAUCAGUGUCGAAGAAAAAGAUGGGGAAAGCGCUAAGCUUUUUUUCGAAGAGCAAACGAUUUUCACUGUACCAAUGUUGAGCUCAUCAUCCUUGUAAAUUCUGCUGUAUCAUAUGUAUGUAUAUUUCUUUUUUGUCCCACUCUUAGUUUGGUUUUCUCGGUUAGCUUUUCUUUUCUAAUAGGACUAGCAAUGUACAGGUUUCUGUAAUUAAUGAUUUCUUAUCAUUUUCUCUAUUGUUUGAGUAGAACAUGUUUAUGUAGAACAGAUUCCAUUUCUUAGUUUACUUACCACUUCUGUUGCUAUUCUAUAGCAGAUUUUAA